AUGCCAAUUAACAACCUCAAUAAGGAGCGCAUGGACCAAAUAACCAAUCAGAUGCUACAUGCUGGUGCCAUUGGAUUUCUCAAAGGAACCCUCAUCGCGUUGGUGACUGGCUACUACUUUAACUAUCGAUUCAACCAUGGUCACAAUGCCAGAUUCUUCCUGAUGCCAUAUAAGACCUGGUAUUUGGUGUCGUGGGGAAUCGUGGGGAUUACGUUUUCGGCUGAAGUUGCCAAAUUGAAUAUCACCAAGGAACUAGCCGAAGAGGAGGAUCUUAAGAGAAAUCAGUACUUCUCACAAGAGUUAGGAGGAAAGUAA